AUGGCAUCCCAUUCCCCUGCCAUUUCUGGUUUUGACGGGUCAGAUGAGCAUGAUGGCUCUUCAGUCAUCUCGGCAUCGUACUCGACCUCACAGGACACCGUCACCAUGAGGACUGCAGAGUACCAUCGAGUGCCAUCCCAAGGAUUCGCAAUAGGACAAGAAACAGGCAUCAUUGACAAAGGACAAUCUCGGUCCUCGACGGUCCACGGCCUUGGGAUUCCCAAGCGCAAACCCGUUCUCGCAAGCGUUCCCGCUGGCUCCGCCUCCGCAAGGGCGCCAGCCUCGAUGCUGUCGCCGCCGCCGCAGGAGGAGACCUCUCGGCCGUUGUCAUAUACUGUUGGCAGUCCCGGCCUGGCGAGCUCCGGUAUCGCGUCGCCCCGAACGGGUCUGCUCUCGGGAAGUAAGCCGUCGCCGUUCCUUGACCGGCUACGGCACACCUUCGGCUUCACCCCUGCGAAAUUCUUCGCGUCAAGAAAAAAGCCUCGGCGGGAGGCUGAUCAAGGUCAAGAGGUGCCUAUGCCUUCGUUGGGCUCGGAGACGCCAGCGGCCUUGUCGGACGUCGAGGACGAUGCCGGCUAUGAUAGCUGCAGCGAGGACGCAUUCAAGACCAAGUUUGCGGAGCCUCCCACGUACUGCUCGUCGAAGGAGGACAUCCUCAAGAAGCGCAACAGCAGACUGUUCGUCAUCAUCUUGGCCCUCUCCGUCUACUCGACCGUCCUGUCGGCCAUCUGGGUCAUCGUCUCGUUUGUCCAGCCGCGCUGGGGGUACAAGAUUGCCUCUCGUGGUGGCCUCGCACCCUCGACCGCCACUCUCAUCACGGCCCUCGUGGCCAAGACGAUCGAGCUGUCGUUCGUUACCGUCUUCAUAGCGUGCGUGGGCCAGGUGCUCACCCGGCGCGCCUUCGCUCGCAAGUCGGGCGGCAUGACGCUCGCCGAGAUGACGAUGCGCAACUGGGUCAUCCAGCCCGGCUAUCUCGUCACCCACUUCGAAACGAUUCCUUACGCCGGCCUCACCGUCCUCGGCGCCCUGUCGCUGACGGCCUCGAUUGUCGCCAUGUUCUACACCACCGCCUCCGAAGCCAUGGUCGCGCCCAAGCUCAAGUUUGGCGACUGGGAGGACCGCGAGCUCCGCGGCUUCGUACGCUCCUCCUAUCUAAACGCCGCCUACGUCAGGCAGACCUGCCCGUCGCUGAUCCGGACGAACGAGGACAGCUUCGCGACAGAAUCCUGCAUGAACGUCCAGUUCUCGGGCCAGUCGUACCGGAGCCUGCAAUCCUUCAUGACCGUCUGGACGGCCAUCAGCAACAACGGGACGAGCAGGACGGAGGUGAUGAGUGAACGGCCGGACGGCACGGCGCUGCUGUACGACAACACGACGAUGACGUCGACCUGGAUCGAGACGGAGCACAGCAACGUGACGGCCAAGAACGCCGAGCACGGCCGCAUCGUCAACAACGUGACGCUCGCCAUGCCCCAUCCCGGCGUGUACGCGGCCGCGACGAAUCCCAUCAACGGCAUCCUCCAGCCCGUCGACCUGGCCGGCGUCGGCGAGUACUCGGUCCGAGCCGGCGUCGUGUCUCCUGCGCUCAACGUCAUGUGCGUCAACAUGAGCCCGGACGAGCUCGCGCCGCUCAUCUAUUCGACGUGGCCGAACGCGCGCUUGAACGAGACGAUGGGUCAGACGGUGGUGGAUCCGACGUGGGAGAACGACGUCCCGAGGUGGCUCAACGAGAGCGGCCUGCCCGAGUACCUGAACCGCACCGUCGUCGACGGCAUCUUUCGGUGGGGGCCCGAAUACGGCCGACGGCCGCCCAUCUUUCAGACGGCUCCCGCCGACUACAACAUGGUCACCAACGUAUCGCUCUGGGAGGGCGCCGAAGCCUUCUACAUACUCGGCAAGAGCCCCGUGACGAGGCCAAACUACACGCUUUGCGAGAUGCGUUCGUGGGUGUCGCCCUGGUGCUCGACGCGCUUCGACAUAUCGGGCACGGCCGGCGCCAGCAUGCGAGCGCAGUGCGAGGAUGCCAAGGACCGCAACGCCUACCAUUGGUCGGUCGAGAAGGAUCCAGGCUGGGACGGAACAUAUCCCGGCGCGUCGACGGCCGACUGGAAGUGGCUCUCGAAGCAAUGGGGUCUCUCGAUGUACCUCAACGGCGGCACGACGAACGAGAACGCGUCCAACGCGCGGAUCCUGACGCAGCUGGCGCUGUCCGAGCCGAGCCUGCGCUGGCACAUGCCUUCCAUGGCCGAGGCGCUGGCCGUCUACGGCAGCUCGAUGCUCGUCAUCGGCUCCAUCGACACGCCCUUCCGGCACUACUGGCAGUACAAGGCGCCGCAGAAUAUCCUGGGCGCGCCCGGCGCGCUGGACCCCUUCCAGAGCUCCGUCAUCACGCAGCAGUACACGUCUGGGCACGUCAACGAUUGGCAGGCCGUCUUCUACCCCGUCCUCUUCCUGCUCUUCCUCAUCAACCUCUGCUGCUUGCUGUUCCUCGUGCUGCAGAAGGAUCAGGUGACGGACUUUACGGAGCCGCAGAACUUCUUCGCGCUCGCCAUCAACAGCCCGCCGAGCGCCCAGCUCAAGGGCAGCUGCGGCGGCGGGCCGCAGAAGAGGGACCUCGUGGUGCCUUGGCGGGUCCAGUACGUUUCGGGAUCGAACCACUACUUUGUGGAGGAGGCGAGCCCUCGGCCGUGGCGAGGAAAGUACUCGCGCGAGACGGCGACGACGGAGAGGGAGUGCGGGGAUGCGAAGGGGGCGAGCUACAAGAGGCUGAGUCUCGGUCGCCGAUGGUUCUGA